AUGGCGAUGACAGUAGCAGCUUCGUCCUCUGUGGCAGUCAUGAUUCCACGUGUCCCCGCCGUAUCCGCUCGCUGCUCCGCCGUCCCUUAUCUUCCUCCUCGCUCUUUUGGCCGAUCCUCUUUCACUGUUCCGGUGAAGCUACUUUCAGGGAAUGGUUUCCAGAAGGUUGAACUGAUGAAGACGAGAGCUUCUUCAGAAGAGACCUCAACAUCCAUUGACACCGACGAACUUAUCACAGAUUUGAAGGAAAAGUGGGAUGGUCUUGAGAACAAGUCGACUGUGCUUAUAUAUGGAGGAGGAGCCAUUGUUGCUGUCUGGUUAUCUUCCAUUGUUGUUGGCGCCAUCAACUCUGUUCCUCUGCUUCCGAAAGUUAUGGAACUAGUUGGUCUUGGAUACACAGGAUGGUUCGUCUACAGAUACCUUCUCUUCAAGUCAAGCAGAAAGGAAUUGGCUGAGGAUAUUGAUUCCUUGAAGAAGAAGAUCGCAGGGACCGAAUAG